AUGGACUACACACUCACCACUGUGAUGAAAAUUCACCAAGGCUGGAUAAAGUCGAUCGAUAUAGAUCCUUACGAUGCAUUUGUUGCUUCGUCAUCGAUGGAUAGGUCAAUAAAGCUGGUUGACAUAAAAACCAAGCAACUACUUGCUUCUAUCUCGCAGAAGUCGGUAUGCGAAGACGUCAGGUUCAGCACAAAACAUCCUUACCUCUUCUGUGCCUCGCUCGAUGGACUCAUAAGAUGCUACGACCUUAUUGACAGAGAGUUCAUAAAAGAAUAUUACGGCCACAUGUCAUCUGUAUUGUGCCUGGAUACUUGUGAGGACAUGCUUUUCAGUGGAUCUGCUGACUGCACAGUCAGAGGCUGGGAUAUAAGGAGCAGGUCUUGUACUUCUAUCAUGAAAGGGCAUACACUUCCAAUCAACCGCGUUAUAUACAGGCACAGCAACGUGUACAGCUGCUCAAUGGACGGAUGCAUAAAUGUCUGGGAUGAAAGAAACACCAGGUCUUGUGUUGCAAUGCUAAGCUCAAGCGCAUCAGACAUGUGCUUCUGCGGAGACACAUUGUUUAUAUCAAACAGCAAAGCAGUAUUCGAAUGCAAUCAGCCUUCAGAUGCUGUAUUGCAGAUAGAUACACUUUGCCUACAGCAUUACGAUAAUCAGCACUACAUCAUCGGUUCUGAAGAGUUCAUACUCAUCAAGUCAAAAAACACAGGCAUACCAGACCACAGAAUCAAUAUCUUCGGAAUGGCAAAUACUCUGAAGGCAACAAGCGACAGAACAAAAAUAAUCGUGGGUGGCACAAGCAAAAAUAUGGAGUUCUUGGAAAAAAACGAACAUGGCAUUUAA